AGCUACUCUAGUCUUUUUUCUUCUAAAUUAACUCUUAGAAGUUAGAACAGACACUACUGCUCAUUGUUUCUUCUAAAUUAACUCUUAGAACAGACACUACUGCUCAGCAGCUACUCUAGUCUUGUUUCUUCUAACUACCGGCCAAGAGCUUUUCAAUUGCUUUCUGAAAGCAACUAGCAAGUAGUGUUUGAAAACUUAAAAGAAGAAAUGGCGUCAAGAAUUGGGAAGAUAAAGCUGGGUUCACAAGGACUGGAGGUGUCAGCACAAGGUCUGGGCUGCAUGGGCAUGUCCGCCUUCUAUGGGCCUUUAAAACCCGAACAAGACAUGAUCACUCUCAUUCACCAUGCCAUUCACAAUGGCGUCACCUUUCUUGACACUGCCGAUAUCUAUGGUCCUUUCACCAACGAAAUCCUCCUCGGAAAGGCUUUGAAGGGAGGGAUAAGAGAGAAGGUGCAACUAGCAACCAAGUUCGCUAAUAGUUUUGAGGAUGGGAAGUGGGUGAUCCGUGGCAAUCCAGCAUACGUGAGAGCAGCUUGUGAGGCCAGCUUGAAGCGCCUUGAUGUCGAUUGUAUUGAACUCUACUACCAGCACCGCAUCGACACCAGUGUUCCUAUUGAAGUCACAAUUGGGGAACUCAAAAAACUAGUUAAAGAGGGUAAAAUCAAGUACAUUGGUCUAUCUGAGGCCUCAGCUUCAACAAUCAGAAGGGCACAUGCCGUUCAUCCCAUAACUGCUGUGCAGCUAGAGUGGUCUUUGUGGUCCAGAGAUGUGGAGGAAGAAAUAAUUCCUACUUGCAGGGAACUUGGCAUUGGGAUUGUUGCAUACAGUCCUCUAGGACGAGGAUUCUUUUCGACAGGGCCUAAGUUAGUUGAAACUUUGUCGAAUGAUGAUGUUCGAAAGUAUCUACCCAGAUUCCAACCUGAAAACCUGAAACAUAAUAAAACAUUAUUUGAGCGUGUUAAUGAAAUGGCAACAAGGAAGGGAUGCACCCCAUCACAGCUAGCAUUGGCCUGGGUUCAUCACCAAGGGAAUGACGUGUGCCCCAUACCUGGAACUACAAAGAUUGAAAACUUUAACCAGAACAUUGGAGCACUGUCUGUGAAACUAACACCAGAAGAAAUGGAUGAACAUGAGUCAUUUGCUACUGAGGAUUCCGUAAAGGGUGAGAGAUAUACUAAUUCCAUUAAAACUUGGAAGGAUUCUGAAACUCCACCACUUUCUUCAUGGAAAGAUGCAUAAACAAAAGUCUUUCUUUUUCUGUGUCUCAAUGCCACCCGCUAGAAAUAUUAUAUUCUCAUUGAAGGGUGUAGACUUUUCGUUUAGUUCUUGACUUGACUACUCAGAAAUAAGUAUGUCUUGGAAAGUUAUCAUGUAUGACUUCAUGAAGUUUAGAGAACAAAUAUUUUGUUCACUUAUAAGAUCAUGAAUUGGUUCAAUUCCUUUCCAUUUGUAUAUAUUCUCUUUGUUGAAAAUUCCAAUUCAAAUAUACAAUUCAACUUUGC